AUGCCGGCUCCCACCCUAGCAGACAUUGUCUUUUCGGAGCAAGCCAACCACAACUUCUCCAAGAUCCUAGGCGAUCUCAAAAAGUCCAAUCUUUCCAUCACCAACCGGCUCAAGUCCAUCCAGCACGAUGCCGCCUUCGUGCAGAAGGUAGCUGAUGUUCUGGGAUUGCCGCUCGUGGCUAACGAGCGCUCCCGCCGGGUGGUUGGGACGGAGAUGAGCGAGGAGGGAUAUAUCCAGGGCGCGGGCGACGACACGGAGAACUGGGCGCACGGGUUGACAGCGCCGCUGUUCUGGGCGAACCAGAGUCGGCUACUGGAGACGCCGGAGGGGCAUUUGCCGGGGUUGAUUGAGGAGCUGGUUGCCAAUUCGGAGGCGGGUGGACAAGCGGUCGGGGAGUUGAAGAGGGUUGCGCCGAGGUUGUUGGUGGGUGCGUUAUCGGCCGAGGAAGAAGCGCUGCGGAGCGCUUCUUCGAGUUCCAAGAAAGAGGUUUGUGUGGUUAGUCUGGUCCCGAAGACGACGGAAAAGGAGACGUGGGAGAAGUCCAAGAGGCAUAUGGAAGUUGGGCUGGGUAAGAGCAAGACUGCGAGUCGGUUCUUAAGGGAGGCGUUGCCGAGUAUUUGCGACUUUGUCUCGCGGUUCCUGCAAGAACCCGCCGAUCACGAUGUCGAGACGGAGAUAGGGACGGGCACCGGCGCGGGCAGAGAUGCAAAUAAAGAGGUUGUCUUGUUAUGCGAGUCGGGAAGAGACUUGUCAGUUGGAGUGGCUCUUGCUCUUUACUGUUGGUGCUUUGCCGACUCGGCUGGGACGGUGAGGUCUGCAGAGGACCAAGAGCAGAAUCACAACAAGCCUUCCAUUAGGGUGAAGCUCGGUCAUAUCAUGACAGCAUUUCCCGAUGCCAACCCGAGCAGGGCAACUCUUCAGAGCGUAAACAGUUUUCUAAUGGACUGGCGAAAAUGA